AUGGAGCACGCACUCACAUGCAAUAACCUCAAAUGUCGAAGAGAGCUGAGCGAACGUGCACUUGUGACGACAUGCAGCCAUAUCUUCUGCAUCGAAUGCGCCCAGCGACUCGGUGUCAACGGACAGGAAGCUGAUCGCCGCAACACAUGCCUUGCCUGCCACUCCCAACUGACCAAUCCAGACGACGCCGUGAUUACGAACCUGAGUCCAAGUGAAGGCUACAAGACCAGUGUUCUAAGUGGACUGAGCCCCAACGUUAUCAUGGAAUGUGCCGGCCGGGCUCUCAGCUUCUGGGCUUACCAGACCACCCAAGACAUCUAUUACCAACACGUCCGCCUCGAAAAGACCGUAAACGACGCGAAUUCGGAGAUUGAAAGCCUUCACCAUAAGCUGUCAAGUCUAGCAGCAGAACAAGACGCUCUGCGGCGCAAGAAUGACGAAAUCUCUCGGGCUUACAAAGACAAAAGCCGUAAGGUCCUGCAGUUACAAGAACUCUACGACAAAGUCAAAAGAAAGGCUGAGCUAGGUCAGAUUCAGAGGGCAGCAUCGGAUGCUGUUGACUCAACUUUACAAACAAACCAGAUGGACUCGGGCUAUGAAGUGAACUUACCCACACAAAUACAUGCUGAAAUUGUCCCUCCGCCAGCCUUUAGCCAGAGUCAUCGCAUCGAUAUCUCGGGAAUGAACACCAGCCUCUCACGAAACUAUACAAAUAUGACAAGAGAAGGAAACCAUUGGCCACGGCUGGGAGGCUCACCCCAUCGUGAGCAUCUUCAUGUCACCAACAUACGGCGAUACAUCAGAAGCCCCUGUUGGUGGCCUCCGUCGAUCUGGCAUCAACCCAGCAUCCGUACAUCAAACGACGACAUUGUCAACUCUCGCAGGAACCCCGAUUCCUAG